CCCGCCCUCCCCGCCGGCUGCCGCGCUUUGCGGCCGCGAUGGCGUCUGCCUUCAGCGGGGUGCUGCAGCUGACAGACCUGGACGAUUACAUCGGCCCCUCACAGGAAUGCAUCAAACCUGUCAAAGUGGAAAAAAAGCCUGGGAAAGCAGCAGCAAAGAUCAGAAUUGAAGCAGAUGGAAGCUACUUCCAGAUCAAUCAGGAUGGAGCAGCCCAAAAACUGGAAAAGGCAAAAAUCACCCUGAAUGACUGCUUGGCUUGCAGUGGCUGCAUCACCUCAGCAGAGAGUGUGUUAAUCACCCAGCAGAGCCACGAGGAGCUCUGCAAAACCCUGGCUCUGAACAAGACUGCUGCUCCCAGUGAACAGAAGUUGGUGGUGGUCUCUGUUUCACCCCAGUCCAGAGCUUCCUUAGCUGCAAGAUGCAAAAUGGGAGUUGUGGAGACAGCCAAGAAGCUGACUGCAUUCUUCAAGAGUUUAGGUGUGCACUAUGUUUUUGAUACAACUUUCUCAAGAAACUUCAGCCUGCUGGAGGGCCAGGAGGAGUUUGUGAAACGUUUCCUGAGGCAAGCUGAAGACAAAAAGGCUUUGCCAAUGCUGGCUUCUGCCUGUCCAGGUUGGAUCUGCUAUGCAGAGAAAACCCAUGGCAGCUUUAUCAUUCCUUACAUCAGCACCACCAAGUCUCCACAGCAGGUCAUGGGCUCCUUGGUCAAGGAGUACUUUGCACAGCAGCAGCACUUCCCCCCUGACCAGGUGUACCAUGUCACAGUCAUGCCCUGUUAUGACAAAAAGCUGGAGGCUUCCAGGCCAGACUUCUUCAACCAAGAGUAUCAAACUCGUGAUGUGGACUGUGUCAUCACCACAGGAGAAGUACUGAAGCUGUUGGAAGAAGAAGGAGUGUCUCUAGCAGAUGUAGAGCCUGCUCCUUUGGAUUCCAUGUUCAGCAGCGCUGCAGAAGAGGAGCUCACCAGCCACUCUGGAGGUGGUUCUGGUGGUUACCUGGAACACAUCUACAAGCACGCAGCCAAGGAGCUUUUUGGGAUUCAAGUGGACACAAUUCGGUACAAACCUUUAAAAAACAAGGACUUCCAGGAGGUGACACUGGAGAGGGAUGGGGUGGUUCUGCUCCACUUUGCUUUGGCUUACGGGUUUCGGAACAUCCAGAAUUUGGUGCAAAAGCUGAAAAGAGGGAAGUGUCCCUACCACUAUGUUGAGGUCAUGGCCUGUCCCUCAGGCUGUUUAAAUGGAGGGGGACAGAUCAAACCAGCUGGGGAAGGCAGCAAGGAUCAGCUCCAGCAAGUUGAGAGGUUGUAUGAAUCCCUGAAGCCUGAAAUUCCCGGGAAGAACCCAGCUGUGAAGGAGCUGUAUGAGCAGUGGCUCGGGGGGGCAGGCUCUGAGAAGGCUGCACAAGCUUUGCACACAGGUUACCACCCAGUGGAGAAAACCAGCACUGGAUUUAACAUCAAAUGGUGAAGGUGAAGCCCCAGGGUGGAUAUUCAGUGCCUUUGGAUUAUAUCCCAGACUCUCAAAAGACAGCUGGAGGGCUGUGCCAGCUCGGGGAGUUUGCACUUCCUGACUCUGGUGUGGGAUGAGAAGGUAACGUGCACACAGGCAGUGCCAAUUCCUGCAGCUUUAUCAUUCAUGAAGUGAUGUAAAUAAAAACCAACCCCACCUUCAAACACAUGGCAAAAGAACCAGUAAUGCACUGUGGCUCUGCACAGACUGAACUUGCACUCCCACCCCAUCCCUGCUCCUGGCAGAAUGGGUGAAUUCAAGGAGCUGACUCCCAGCACCCUCCCUGCCAUGGGCUCUGUGCUGCCUCCUCCAGGCUUUGCUGUGUUUUCACAGCACUGAGAUUUGUGGCUGUCCCUCUUGGGGCAUCCUCAAUUAGUCCUAAGUGGUCUAAUUAGACCUUGGGUUCUGUUUUUCCAUUUCACUGCCCCUGACUGGCUGCCCUGGAGGUCCAGCUGAGCGUGAGGGGCAGGCAGCAUCACUUCAGCAUCCUCUGCUCAGUGCCUGCUGAAAGGGGAAUUAAAUGAAUCUUGAAGAAGAAAAAAGAGUGCUUGUUUUUUCCUUUAGUUAUAACAAUUGUCUAUAACUCUGGGCAAUUACAUCUCUCCCUUUUUCUCCCUAAAUACCCAGUAGAGGGAGUCCCAGAACUGUCACAUCCACAGGAGCCAGGAUGGAUAAUAUCCUUAAAUGCAGAGGACAAGAGUUCUUCACAGUGCUCCAAGUAAGAACCUCUUGCCAAAUUUCUUUCCAACACAGGACCAAGUCUUUGGUGCCUUGGAAAGGUGUCACAGGGGAACAGGAGGCAGCUGUGAGGUGUGAUCAGGACAGCAGGGAGUUCAGCACAACAACCCCAGGAGGCAGUGGGAACACAUCUGGUUUGACACAGCACGGGGACAGAUGCUGUGAAGGGGCCAGGUGCCCAACUUGCUUUUGGUUUUGAUCCACACAGAACUCCUCACAGCAGAACAACUGAAUGAAUAACUCUGUUGUGCUCUGUUUAAUCCCAGUACCUUUUCUUUUUAAUCUUUUUUUUUUUUUUUGGCAUUAUGACACAUCUGGGGAGGGGCUGCUGAGAAUCACUGAAUCACCCCAAACAUUUCUCCCUUUUCCAGUUACUGUGGGGAAGAAGAACUGUGAAGAAAGUAGAGUUAAGUGGCCAAAAAGUGAAGCCAAAGCUACCAGCUUGCUUUGUUCCUUCAGAGCACAGAGAGAUGGAGUUGGUUCCUGCACCUCACCCUGCCUGACACCAAACCCCCCACCCAGGGCUCCAGCUCAGGGCUCUCAGCUCCUCUGGCAGCACUUCCCUGUGUCCUUCUCAAAGCCUCCUUCCCUCUUGAUUAAAAAUAAGCCACCAGUGUCAAAGAUUUGGACUUUUUUUACACAUUUUUAAUGAAAAGCUUGCCAUUUUCCAGGGGCUGCUGCUCAGGGAGUGCACUCACAGUGUUGGUAAGGCCAAGCUCUGCCCUUGCUUCCCCCUUUCCCCACCUGAGUGAUUUCUGAGGCAGGUUGGUGGCUGCACUGGGUGCUUUUUCCCAUCCCUGGGUGGGGGGCACCAGGUGGGACAAGAGCACCACAACAUUUUUAUGUCCAUCCAGGCUCAGACUCAGCCCCAUCCCCAGCUCUGCCAGGAGCUGAGCCCUGCACAGCAGUGCUAAAACAAUAAUUUCUGCUUCUGCAGCCAACCUGCCAGAAGUGCACCAAGAAAUAAAGGUGAAUUAGCUCUAAAUGAAACAAUUUAGGGAAGGCAACAGCAUUUUUUGGGUUGUGACCCACACACUGCCAGAGCCAUCCUGGGAAUUGGGAAUGCACAGGGAGCUGGGCACCUCCAGCUGCUCAUGGGGCAACAAAACCUCCAGGGAAACAGCCCAGGAACUCCUGCAAACCCAACACUGGGACUGAACUCUGAGCCAGCUCCUGCAGCAGGAUUUGUUCUUCCCCUCCUGCUCAGGGGAGGACAUUCUAAUAACUUAAAAUCAGAGAAUUUAUCAAAACUUAACCAAAGGCAAAAAAAAACCCAAGAGCAAACCUGAGUCUGGUUUCUAGCAAGGGGAGAAGGGGUCAGGGUCACACAGUCCACACCUGAGAGAUCCUGAGGUCAACUUGAGCAGCUCCCAAAUUGCUCAUCAAGACUUGAAAAAUGAGGAUGUGGGGGAAAAGGGUUUGGGGAGCAACUCCUGCUCCUCUCUGCUUGUGUUGGAACUUCACAGAAUGAGUA